CAGUCGCUCCUCCCCAGUCUCUCCGGCUUUGUACCACGAACUGAACCCACGCCGCAGCUACCAUCUCCAAGAAACCGGGGCUGCUAAAACAUCCCAAAAUGGCUCUUCACGUUCCCAAAGCGCCGGGCUUCGCCCAAAUGUUGAAGGAUGGUGCCAAGCACUAUUCAGGGCUGGAAGAGGCAGUCUUUCGUAACAUCAAAGCCUGCAAGGAGCUUUCUCAGACCACUCGCACCGCCUACGGGCCCAAUGGUAUGAACAAAAUGGUCAUCAACCACUUGGAGAAGCUCUUUGUCACCAAUGACGCAGCAACGAUCCUCAGAGAGCUUGAGGUGCAGCAUCCCGCUGCCAAAAUGGUCGUAAUGGCAUCCCACAUGCAGGAGCAGGAGGUUGGAGACGGUACAAACUUUGUGCUGGUGUUUGCUGGAGCUCUGCUGGAGCUGGCUGAGGAGCUUCUUCGCAUGGGCCUGUCGGUGUCGGAGGUGAUUGAAGGCUAUCAGAAGGCGUGCAAAAAGACUCUGGAGAUCCUGUCCGACUGCGUGUGUUCCUCAGCCGAGAACCUCCACGACGUGAAGGAGGUGACCUCUCUCAUCCGUACAGCCGUCAUGAGUAAGCAGUAUGGCAACGAAGACUUCCUCGCCAACCUCAUCGCACAGGCCUGUGUGUCCAUCUUCCCAGAGUCCGGCAAUUUCAAUGUUGAUAACGUCAGAGUGUGCAAGAUCCUGGGCUGUGGCGUGACGGCGUCCUCCAUGCUGCACGGCAUGGUCUUCAAAAAGGAAGCCGAGGGAGACGUCACGUCGGUAAAAGAUGCCAAAAUCGCCGUCUUCUCCUGCCCCUUUGACUGCAUGGUGACAGAGACCAAGGGCACAGUGCUGAUAAAAAACGCAAAGGAGCUCAUGGACUUCAGUAAGGGGGAGGAGGACAUGAUGGAGGCGCAGGUGAAGGCCAUCAAGGAGUCCGGUGCCAACGUGGUGGUAACUGGGGGGAAAGUGGCUGACAUGGCGCUGCAUUACGCCAACAAGUACAACCUCAUGGUGGUCAGGCUGAGCUCCAAGUGGGACCUCAGGAGGUUAUGCAAGACUCUGGGAUCUAUAGCACUACCCAGACUGACGGCCCCAACGCCCGAGGAGAUGGGUCACUGUGACAACGUCUACACCGCAGAGGUGGGGGACACCCAGGUGGUGGUCUUCAAGCAUGAGAAAGAGGACGGAGUCAUCUCAACGGUGGUGAUUAGAGGUUCCACGGACAACCUGAUGGACGACAUCGAGAGGGCUGUGGAUGACGGAGUCAACACCUUCAAGGUUCUGGUCAGGGACAAGCGACUGAUUCCUGGAGCAGGAGCCACUGAGAUCGAACUGGCCAAACAGAUCACCUCGUAUGGAGAGUCCUGCCCGGGUCUCGAACAAUAUUCCAUCAAGAAGUUUGCUGAAGCCUUCGAGGCUUUGCCCCGGUCGCUGGCUGAGAACUCUGGUGUGAAGGGGAGCGAGCUCAUCUCCAAAAUGUACUCUGCGCAUCACGACGGAAACAAAAACAUCGGCUUCGACAUCGAGGGAGAAGGCCCCGCUGUGAAAGACAUGCUUGAAGCCGGCAUCUUGGAGCCUCACCUGGUCAAAUACUGGGGCAUCAAACUGGCAACCAACGCUGCCAUCACAGUACUGAGAGUGGACCAGAUCAUCAUGGCUAAGGCUGCAGGGGGACCCAAGGCUCCCAAGCAGAGAGGCCACUGGGACAAAGACGAUUGGGACGAGGCGCCUGAUAAUUUUGACUCCCACCAUUAGACGGCGUGCACACACAUACACACACACGCCCUCAAUCAUCAUGGCUAAACCAGCAGGGGGACCCAAACCCCCCCAGGGCAAGAAGGACUUUGAUGAGGACGACUGAAACUGAUGCUCCUAUAACCCCCAACGCUCACACAAAACGUUUUCUACUUGUUUAUUUAAAGCUCAACAGUUUGAUUUAUUUUGUAGAAAUGACAUCAUAUUGACUUACAUGAAAGUCAAAUGUACGGAUGGCACUGUUCGCUUUUCUUUUUUUGUUCUAUGUCCCAAAUAAAAGGCCCUUGGGCUGUUACGCCUU